AUGUCUCAGCCCAGCACCACCUCCACCAACACCAGUAAGCGCUCAUUAUCCCCGUAUUCCUCCGCCUCGUCCGCCGCCGGCGCCACCGCCGCAGCCCCAAUUUUCCCGGCGAUGAAGAAGACAAAGCCCCAGGCGGGCGGGUGCUCGAUCGACGGCAACAGGAACGGCCAGCAGCAGGUCGCUCCGCACGUGCACUUCGCCGACCCGCCGGCUCUGUCCCCUAUUACCGAAGACGAUCCCAACGACGCCGUGAUUGGGGCGUCCUCACCUUCCGGCGCUUUCAUCCGCGGCGCCGCUGCGUCCGGCGGAGGAGUGACGGCCAAUUUGUCUAGGAAGAAGGCCACGCCUCCGCAGCCUGCGAAGAAGCUCGUAAUUAAGCUCGUUAAAGCUAAACCAACACUGCCAAGAAAUUUUGAGGAAAAUACAUGGUCAACUCUGAAGUCUGCUAUAGGUGCCAUAUUUUUGAAGCAACCUAAUCCAUGUGACUUGGAAAAACUCUAUCAGGCUGUCAAUGACCUUUGCCUGCACAAAAUGGGUGGAAGUCUGUACCAAAGAAUCGAGAAGGAAUGUGAAUCUUACAUAGCCGCCGCUUUGCAGUCUUUGGUCGGCCAAAGUGAGGAUCUUAUGGUUUUCUUAUCGCUCGUUGAGAAAUGCUGGCAGGACUUUUGUGACCAGAUGUUGAUGAUACGUGGUAUAGCUUUGUACCUUGAUAGAACUUACGUGAAGCAAACGCCAAAUGUACGCUCGUUAUGGGACAUGGGUUUGCAACUUUUCCACAAACAUCUCUCUAUAGCUUCUGAAGUGGAGAACAAAACUGUGUUCGGUCUUCUGAAAAUGAUUGAGAGCGAGAGGCUAGGCGAAGCAGUUGAUAGGACUCUCCUUAACCAUCUUCUGAAGAUGUUCACUGCACUGGGAAUCUACCCAGGAAGUUUUGAGAAGCCAUUCCUUGAAGGCACAUCAGAAUUUUAUGCAGCUGAAGGUGCAAAAUAUAUGCAACAGGCUGAUGUUCCAGAUUAUUUAAAGCAUGUGGAGAUAAGGUUGCAAGAAGAACAAGAAAGAUGCUUAAUCUACCUGGAUGCUAGUACCAGAAAACCAUUAGUAGCCACCGCAGAAAAGCAACUUCUUGAGCGUCAUACAUCUGCAAUUCUGGAUAAGGGUUUCAUGAUGCUGAUGGAUGGGAAACGUAUAGAUGACCUUCAGAGAGUGUAUAUGCUUUUAUCUAGGAUCAAUGCUCUAGAGUCAUUAAGGCAAGCCCUUAAUCAGUAUAUAAGAAGAACAGGCCAGAAUAUAGUCAUGGAUGAAGAAAAGGACAAGGAGAUGGUAUCCAGCUUAUUGGAAAUUAAGGCUAAUCUUGAUAGGAUAUGGGAAGAGAGCUUUGAUAAAAAUGAAAUGUUUAGCAAUACUAUCAAGGAUGCAUUUGAGCAUCUCAUUAAUAUCCGCCAGAAUCGACCUGCUGAGCUAAUUGCUAAGUUUGUCGAUGAGAAGCUUCGUGCUGGAAAUAAGGGUACAUCAGAAGAGGAAUUAGAGGGUACACUUGAAAAGGUUUUGGUCUUGUUCAGAUUUAUACAGGGUAAGGAUGUAUUUGAAGCAUUCUAUAAGAAAGAUCUUGCUAAGAGGCUUUUGCUGGGCAAAAGUGCAUCUAUUGAUGCAGAGAAGUCAAUGAUUACUAAGUUGAAAACUGAAUGUGGCAGUCAAUUUACCAACAAACUUGAAGGAAUGUUCAAGGACAUUGAGUUGUCAAAAGAGAUAAAUGAAUCAUUCAAGCAAUCAUCCCAAGCUCGGACAAAACUACCAUCUGGAAUCGAGAUGAGUGUCCACGUCUUAACAACUGGGUAUUGGCCAACAUAUCCCCCAAUGGAUGUUAGGCUGCCUCAUGAACUAAAUGUGUACCAGGAUAUUUUUAAGGAGUUCUACCUGAGCAAAUACAGUGGUCGACGAUUGAUGUGGCAAAAUUCACUGGGUCAUUGUGUUCUGAAAGCUGAAUUUUCUAAAGGUAAAAAGGAGCUGGCUGUUUCUCUAUUUCAGACCGUUGUCUUGAUGCUAUUUAAUGAUGCUGAAAAGCUUAGCUUUCAAGAUAUAAAGGAGUCAACUGGUAUCGAGGACAAAGAGCUGAGGAGGACUUUGCAGUCCCUUGCAUGUGGGAAAGUCCGUGUUCUUCUGAAAAUUCCUAAGGGCAGAGAUGUCGAAGAUGAUGACUCAUUUAUGUUCAACAACCAAUUUACUGCUCCUUUAUACCGCAUAAAGGUAAAUGCUAUUCAGAUGAAGGAGACAGCCGAGGAGAAUGCCAGCACUACGGAAAGAGUAUUUCAAGACCGUCAGUAUCAGGUCGAUGCUGCUAUUGUUCGUAUAAUGAAGACGAGAAAAGUUCUGAGUCACACCCUGUUAAUAACCGAACUCUUUCAGCAGCUCAAGUUUCCAAUAAAACCAGCUGAUUUGAAGAAAAGGAUCGAGAGCCUCAUCGACCGGGAAUAUCUCGAGCGCGACAAGAACAACCCGCAAGUAUACAACUACCUAGCGUGA